GUGUUUCAUGACGCAUGUGUAGUGUGUCAUUAUUCAGACAAUCCUGAACGGCGUUGACAACAUAUACCGACCUGUUUAUGUGGACUGCAUUAGGUGUGUGGAUAAGAAACAAAAUCAAAUCAACUCUACGAUCAACACCGACUGGUUUGUAACAUUCGGUUCUCGUACAUGUUUUUUGAGAAUACCUGUAGACAUAAUUUACAUUUAAUGUGGCUGUAACAAUUAAAAGCGAAAAACAAAAUCUUCCUCACGCACCUGCCCUUUCCCCACAGGUGUCGACGUCAGAAUCUGACCCAUUGUGACGCGAUCACCAGAUGUGAGAUGACGUCACUGGACGCUAAUGCGGUUUUUGGUAAGUAAGCUUAAGUUCUAUUCAUAGAUGAUACCCCAACGAUUGGCAGAAGUUCAAACAGUGAGUAAAAGAAAAAAAAAUCACCCACCUAGACACCCACGAUUUUACUGGGUGAAGACGGUUUAGAUGAGCAAUAGAUAUGAGUUUAAUUAAAAAAACCAUUUCGAGAGUGAUCAAAGUAUACCAUUGAUUAAUGUAAGGAAAUUUUGUUGUUUAGUGACAAGAAUACUUUAAAUACAUAUCACGUUAAAGGCGUUUCUGAAUCAUUACGGUCCUGCAAAUGGUGGACGUUAUUCUCUGGGGGUGUCUUGAACACAGUAUAAAAAACCUGGCUGAUGUGUAGAGUCGUCUUGCCAUGUAUGUCAGAGGGAAAUGUUCCGUGAACAUUCUGUCAUUCACCAAUCUGUAAAAGAUUUUGUUUAGUAUACCGCACCCUCUUGGGUCAAAGGGGGGGGGGUGUUUUUUUUUGGGGGGGAACAAUGGUUAUUUUGUAAAACAGGGAGGGGCUCAGCUGUUGGGUCAUUAGUUCCCCCACACCAAAAAAAAAAAAAAAAAAAUUAGCUCGGCUAUUCACAAAUAUUUCUAAUUCACGCCAACUCCUAUUAACCAUUAUAAAAAAAAAAAAAUAUAUUAAAAGGUCUGCUUAUGAUUUCAACCUAUAACACAUGAAGAAAAUUAUAAUAUUUUAAUAUAAUAGAACGCCGGGAUAAUCAUUUCAUGAUACACUAUUCUUUCUAUUUUCACCAUGGGUGGCGGUGGAGGUCAUAGUGAUCCGCAGUAGCAAAUCCAAUUCUUACUGUGCAGAUUGAAAUUCAUGGGAGCUACCUCUUUGGCGUUACUGUGACAGCGGGAUGGUUAGACACUAGGGCGAAACAUCCCAAGGGAGCUAACUCACGCCCCUCCCCCCCCCUCUCCGUAAAAGGAAAUGUCCCGGGAGAUGUUCCAUUUUUUUAUGGAGAGUUUAGAGCUUUGGCUUGGGUUGUCGACGAAAUUCUUAAUGUAAGAUUCUCAUAUCAUGCUAAUACAUAUAUAUAUUUGAAAAUGUUAUUUAGGUGAAACUGAAGAGGAAAUACUCUACGAUGGGAACUGGGAGGCCGGUAGGGACAGGUGUAUAAAAUCAACAAACCAUGCCGAGUAUAUUGACAUUCCCGAAGAUGACAAGUUUGAGGAAUUGCUACCAGAAGCGUACAAUACAAAAGACAUUUCUUCACUCAUAAGACACAUGUCAAAUCUUACUGGAAAAGUCAAAGUCGGCAAAUUGCGCUGUACGGGAUUUGUACAAGCUAUACGACAAGUUAUCUUCCCAGAAGGCAUUUGCACGAUGUGCAAAGGGAACCACUCCGGUAGAGGUUUCAUAUUGACUGUGACGACAGCCCUUCACGUCGUGACGGAAGCUACUGCCGCAGAGAUGGAAUUAUCUUGGCAUCAAGGCGGCUGUCCUCACCAACUGACCGUUCGCCUGUGCAGGAUUGUCGAACCGGACAAAGAUUGCAAAGAGAAAGAUUGGUGCGCUGCGGAAUUUAUCAUAAACGAGAAGAGGGAAACAGUGGCGAAAUUGAAAGAAAAUUUGGUAAAAUUCCAAGAAUUACAAGGGGAGCUCUACAGAGACUACAAGAACAAGAAAGGUGACCAGCUGGUCAUCAUUGUUUCGCAUCCACAUGGAGGCCCUAAAAAGUUGAGUUACUGCCCGAGUUUCCGCGAGAGGAAGAUCCUGAACUACGUCAGGGAAGAACAGGAGGGGUGCCGUUACUCGUACGACGCCCCGACGUGUAGGGGAACCAGCGGCGCCCCGGUCUUUAUACUUGGGCAGCCCUUGUGCGGGUACGGCUACUGGCUGGGCCACCCACACAUCCACAGCCGCUGGCAGGCAUCCAAAGCCAUCGGCCACAGUUCGCUUGGGUACGAUCACAUAGACACAGAAUAAAAAUGCAAGAAAUCGUUCCUGUUUAGUCCACGUCCACAUUUCAAUCUGAUUUUAUAUUACGACACCUACAUCCAGCCUAACCUAGGCUUCACAUUCCAUCAGAUGUCACGGCACUAGUUUCUUAAUAAAUAAUGUAUCUAGAACAAUUGUAUAAACACUUUGAAUGUUGUAAAUAAUUGAAACAUUAUCUCGUGAUUGAUGUGUGCCAUUAUUUAAUCAAUGAUAUUGGGAUUUAUUGGUUAAUAUCGACCUAAAGGUGAAUUAGACCGAAGACUGUCUUUAAGUAGACAGACACGAAAUAUUGUGAAACAGAGAGUGUGUUGGUAAAGAUGAAAACAAAUUUCACUAAACAGAGAGUGUGUUGGUAAAGAUGAAAACAAAUGUCACUAAACAGAGAGUGUGUUGGUAAAGAUGAAAACAAAAUGUCAAUAAACAGAGAGUGUGUUGGUAAAGAUGAAAACAAAAUGUCACUAAACAGAGAGAAAAAACUCACAAAAACAAAUUUCAAGAGCUGCCCAUGGAAAGGUCACGAAACAGACAGGUCAAGGUCAUUAAGCAAACAAUAUAGAUAACAAUGAAACAAGGUUCAUGAAUAAAACAUACAACUGAGGCAUCAGGAUAUUGUCUUUUGUCACAAAAAAUGACAUAAAGGUGAUUCCGAAAUUUGAGUUAUUGCCCAUCUUAUCACAAAACGCAUGCCUCUGGCCAAAAAAAAAUCAAAAUUAAUUCAAGCUGAGAUUGUGUUUCUUUUAUUUUAACAGCUCUGCCGUUUCUUAAACUAAAUCAUUAUUUAAUUAAACCAACUGUUAAUAAAAAUGUGUGCACCAUC